UUAAAUUUAUAAAUAAUUUUUAAUUUAAUUUUACUUUACUAUUAUCGAUUCAACGUUAUUAAUUAUUUUUUAUUACUAUUAUUAUUAUUAAACCAAUUGUUUAAAAAUCCUCGUCUAAGAAAUUAUUUGUUAAACCGUGUUACCUGUAAUGAUAGACAAUGCCAAUUUUAAAUUAUAAAUUCAAUUGUAGCUGAUACGAAGUUAAAAAUACAUCAAAAUGACAAAAACGGAAUUUAAGCCUGAACAACAUAAGAAGUAUUUUCGCCGAUCUUUGGAGCUCCUACCCACCGAAUCGGCAGUGUUUGAUUGUUCACGGCUGACUAUUUUAUAUUUUGUACUUGUUGGCUUAGACAUUCUAGAUGGUUUAGAUUUGUUGACCGAUGAGUACAAAAAAGAUAUUAUUGAAUGGGUUUAUCGCCUGCAACUUGUACCCAGUGAAACUGUACCAAUUUACAAAUGUGGAUUUAUGGGUUCUACUACUGUCAUACAUUUACAAAGUCAUUCAGGCUGUGAAAAAUAUUGUGAAAGUAAUGUUGCUAUGACAUAUAUGGCUUUGUGUGUACUGAUAACUCUUGGUGAUGACUUAAGUCGUGUAAAUAAGUCUGCAGUCCUACAAGGUGUAGCAUCGCUUCAAAAAGCUGAUGGAAGUUUUAAAAGUAACUACGAAUAUGGUGAAAGUGAUUUGAGAUUUGUUUAUUGUUCACUCGCUGUUUGUAUAAUAUUAAAUGAUUUAUCAGGCAUUAAUGUAGAUAAAGCUGUACAAUUUAUUUCAAAUUGUUUUAAUUACGAUGGAGCCUUUGGACAAAACCCAGGGACAGAAUCACAUGGCGGAUCAACUUACUGUGCAAUUGCUUCAUUAUCUUUACUAAACAAACUAAAUGAUGUUCUAGACAAUAGCAAACUAAAAAUACUUGAACGUUGGGCUAUAAAUCGUCAGACUAAUGGCUUCCAAGGAAGACCAAAUAAGGAACCAGAUACUUGUUAUUCAUUUUGGAUUGGAGCUACCCUAAGUAUUAUGGGAUCAUUGGAUAAAAUAAAUAAGGAAGAAAAUAAAGACUUUGUAUUAAACAAUGCCAAUUUAUUGACUGGCGGGUUUAGUAAAGAUAUGGACUCCAUACCAGAUCCAAUGCACACAUGUUUAAGUCUGUGUGGAUUAAGUUUAAUUGGAAUGAAAAACUUGAAUCCAAUUAAUCCUGCAUUAAAUAUCACUGUACGAGCGACCAAUCAUUUGAAAGAAAUUCAAAAUUAAACUAAGAACCAAUUAUUUACCUACAACAUAAUAUUUUGUACUGUUAUAUUUUUAAAUAAAAUCUACUUUUUUUAAAUUUGUUUAUUUAA